UCAUCAUGGUGAGGUACAUACAUUUGUGGCAAAAGUGUCUUUCUAAAAGGAAUAGAACUCCAGUGUUAAACUAUCUUUACAAAGUGGAUGCCCUGUAAAAUACUUCAAAGACAACAUUCUACUGCUUGAAAGGAAAGGAAAGCAGAGAAAGACAGAAAGAGAGGGGAAGAGGAAGGAUUUCUCCAGAUCAGAGCCAUGGGGGCCUCCCAGUCAAAACGGGGUGAAUACAGAACUCAGAAGAGCAACCGGAAUCUAGAAGGAGACAGAAGCUUUGAGCGUGGCACCUAUCAGCCAUCUGAGAGCCACAGAAAUCUCAUUGAGCCCAAGAAGCUGCCAAACCCAGUGAGAGAGUCUAAGCACCACCGGGAGUUGCACCGAGAGCUGCUCUUCACUCAGAGGAGGGGAUUGCUUCCAGAACACAAACCUGAGCUUCAGAGAGUACUAGAAGCGAGGAGAAUUAAGCAACUGAAACAACAAGAAGAGAACCAAAAACCUUUGACAGAUCUGGAAGAAGAGCUCAGAAAACGACAGCAGAAACUUGACCAGUAUGAGCGAGAGAUGGUCCUGAAGGGGGAGCAAGACGGCAGGCCUGAGUUCAUCCUUGUCAAAGAGAGCCUGAAGAAAAUUAAGCUUUCCACAGAAACAGAUAUAAGACAGACAUGA